GCAGGGCAGCUCCAUGGCGGAGCCGCUGAGGAAGGCGGCGCUCACGAAGCUCAGCGUGGCGGGGCAGCGGGGAGGGGCAGCCGGGGGGGGGGCCACGCUGGUGGGGGGGGCGAGCACGAGCAGCAGCACGAGCAGCAGCGGCAGCAGCGUGGGGUGCCCCUGGCUCUGCGUCCUCACGGGGGCCUCGCGGGGGUUCGGAGCGGCCUUCGCAGAGCUGCUGAGUGCCGAGAUCCUGGGCCCCGGCUCCCUCCUCCUCCUCUCGGCGCGCUCCCUGGAGCCCCUGCGCCUCCUGGCCCACCGCCUCCUCGCCCAGCGGCACGGGGGGCCCCCGCAGGAGCCAGGGGGGCAGGGGUGCGUGGGGGGCGAGCCCCGGGAGGAAAGGGGACCCCAAGAGGAGAAGGGAUCCCUGUUGGUGAGCUGCCCUGGGGGCUGCCUGCGCCUGCUGUGCGUGGCCGCUGACCUGGAGGGCCCCGAGGGCCUCCAGGCGCUGGAGGCGGCUCUCAGGACCCAGGAGCCGGGUCGAUACAGGCGGCUGCUGGUGCUGAACAACGCCGGCUCGCUGGGGGACGUGAGCCGGCGCGUGAGGGACGUGACGACGGCCGAGUGGGCCCCCCUGUGCCGCCACCUCCAGCUCAACGUGGCCGCCCCCCUGCUCCUCGCAGCAUUCGCACUACGCUGGUUCCAGGGCCUCGAGGAGGCUGAGGGGACCGGAGGGGAUGAGGGUCCCUCAGGACGCGUUGCCAUGGUGAUUAACGUGAGCUCUCUGUGCGCCAUCACUCCGUACCCGAGCUGGGCUCCGUACUGCUCGUCACGCGCAGCCAGAGACAUGCUGCACGUCGUCGUGGCAACCGAGGAGCCGCACGUGCGGGUCCUUAACUACGCUCCUGGUCCGAUGGACACAGACAUGCAGGCGGAGGCGUGCGUGCAGACGGGCGACGCGGGGCUCCGGGGGCGGCUGGAGAAGUCUCGUGCUGCAGGGACGCUGGUGGACCCCCGCGACUCGGCGCGUGCGCUGCUGCGCCUGCUGCGGGCAGACUCCUUCCGCAGCGGCGCACACGUGGACUACUACGACGUGCCGGGGCCACGGCGCGAGGGAGACGGAGCGGAGACGGCACGCCGCGGGAGAGAAGGAGGCACGCCGCAGGGACAGUGAUGGCACAGAGACGGGACAGAGACGACACAGUGAUGGCACAGAGACGACACAGAUGACACACCACGGGAGAGAUGUCGGCACAACGCACAGACAGUGACGGCACAGAGAUGGAAUCGCGGAGAUGACACAGAGACGGCACACCACACAGAGGCAGCUGGUGGCAGUGAUGACGAGAGAAUCGCUACGACUGUGACUCGUAGCGAUUGGGACUGCAAACACGUCACGCGCCGAACAGAUGACGCUCCGACGCGGGCUACGUCACAAACUACGCCGGGGCAAUCGUCCUCAACGCUAACGGUGUGGCCCGGCAUCACAGCAGGACGAGACGGCAUCACACAGAACGGACAUCUUAAUUACGAGGCCGGCUUAAAGCAAGAGUAUACAGUAGGUGACGUUUCGGGCAAUGGCCCUUCUUCAUGGCACACGAAUUAACACAACAGCAGGGUCCUGCAUCCCAAACACUACUGACGUCAUUGCCUCUUGCGAGGGUGCCGGAGGGCGCCGUGGCGUUAUACUACACACAGGGUUCUCGGUGUCACUGCCUGAAUUGCUGAAAGUCGCGGCUACUUGACCAGGCAUCCAAAACACGACGUCAUCACCAGCGAGACUUGGUUAAUAUUACCCACGAGAACCUGACUUCACGAGUCUGGCUCUGUGUGAGUCUGUGCCUCUCUGUGUGAGUCUGUGGCUUUCUCUGUGUGAGUCUGUGGCUUUCUCUGUGUGAGUCUGUGGCUCUCUGUGCGAGUCUGUGCCUCUCUGUGCGAGUCUGUGUCUCUGUGUAAGUCUGUGGCUUUCUCUGUGUGAGUCCGUGGCUUUCUCUGUAUGAGUCUGUGCCUCUCCGUGUGAGUCUGUGGCUUUCUCUGUGUGAGUCUGCCUUUCUCUGUGUGAGUCUGCCUUUCUCUGUGUGAGUCUGUGCCUUUCUCUGUGCGAGUCUGUGGCUCUCUGUGCGAGUCUGUGCCUCUCUGUGCGAGUCUGUGUCUCUGUGUAAGUCUGUGGCUUUCUCUGUGUGAGUCCGUGGCUUUCUCUGUGUGAGUCUGUGCCUCUCCGUGUGAGUCUGUGGCUUUCUCUGUGUGAGUCUGCCUUUCUCUGUGUGAGUCUGCCUUUCUCUGUGUGAGUCUGUGCCUUUCUCUGUGUGAGUCUGUGCCUCUCUGUGUGAGACCGUGGCUCUCUGUGAGUCUGUGGGUUCUGUGUUAAUCUAUGGGACUCUGUAUGUCUCUGUGGCUCCCUGUGUCAGUGUGAGUCGGUGAGUCUUUGUGCGAGUCUGUGGGUCUCUGUGAGUCUAUGAUGAUUGAGAUUUUGGCUUCAUCUGGGAACAAGCCGGAGAUUCCCCAUUGUAUACGAGGCGAAAUCAACUGCCAAUGCACCGUCUUGCUGUACUGCCAUCGUCUGGCCUUAAUCUGGUAGUGCAAUAGGGAUUUAUCCGCCAAAACUUUCCUUUUUUGCGGCGGUUCAUGAUCGCUUUAAUGUAUUGAUUGCUAAACCUCGCCCUUCCAGGGGUGAUCCAUGAUCGCUUUAAUGUAUUGAUUGAUUGUCGGUAAUUUAAUUGCUAGCUGUAGCUAAUGAUCCGCGUUCGAUUUGUAAUCAAUAAACAUGAUUGAAAUGUC